CUUCCCGGAAGUUCUCCCCGAAUGUUUUCGCUGCCAGAGGGGGAUUUGAGUGCGAAAAUGGCGACGUCUCGUCGCACUUCCCAGCAGCAACAACAACAAAACUUAUCCUCCCCACCAAGACCCGACCCCAGUCUCCUCACUCCUCCAGAAUCCCCCACAGACACCGGCGGCUCCGCGGCUGGCGAGAGGCCGGAAAGCAUCGGUGAUCCGGAUAUCGCUGCUGAAGUCCCCGCUCCGCUCCUCAGCACCAGCAGCAGUAGCUCCAGCUCGAGCAGCGCUAGCUCGUCUACCACCGGCGGGGGCAGUAGUGCGGCCUCCACUCCCGACUCCGGUAGUGCCAGUCCUGGAGGCAGCGUCUGCGGGACGAGUGGGGCUUUCAGGGAGCUGUUUGAGGCCUGCAGGAAUGGGGACGUGUCUCGGGUGAAGAGGCUGGUGGAUUCGGUCAAUGUAAACGCUAAGGACAUGGCCGGGCGCAAGUCCACCCCGCUUCACUUCGCUGCAGGUUUUGGAAGGAAAGAUGUGGUGGAACAUCUCUUGCAGACGGGGGCCAAUGUGCAUACACGAGACGAUGGGGGAUUGAUCCCGCUGCACAACGCCUGUUCCUUCGGUCACGCCGAGGUGGUCAGCUUGUUGCUUUGUCAAGGAGCCGAUCCCAAUGCUAGAGACAACUGGAAUUACACUCCGCUCCAUGAAGCCGCCAUCAAGGGCAAAAUUGAUGUAUGCAUCGUUCUGCUCCAGCACGGCGCCGAUCCCAACAUCCGCAACACUGACGGCAAGUCUGCCCUGGACCUGGCUGACCCGUCCGCUAAAGCUGUUCUCACCGCUUUGAAAUGGAGCAGUGUUAUGCAUCAGUAUUUCCACGUUCGGUGUGCUUGUGUAAAGUGAGACUGUUGUUGUCCUUGAGCGCUUCUCUGCCUGUGUGCGCUCUCUCCGUAUUAGGGAUGGGUGACUAUAUAGAAUAUCCAGGAUUUAUUUGCGAUGAUUUUAAAAUAAAGAUACGUUUUGAGGAAUU